CGCGGAGCGCCGCCCAUACUCUUAAGGCUGGGCUAGGGCGGGUGGCCGAGUGUUGCCGACACAGCCCCACGGAGUAACUGAGCUUCACCAUGGCGCUGCUACGAGGUGUGUUUAUCGUGGCUGCUAAGCGCACACCCUUUGGAGCUUUUGGGGGUCUUCUCAAGGACUUCACUGCUAUUGACUUAACUGAAUUUGCUGCCAGGGCUGCCCUGGCAGCUGGCAAAAUCCCACCAGAAACCAUCGACAGUGUCGUCGUGGGCAAUGUCAUGCAGACUUCUUCGGAUGCGUUGUACUUGGCAAGGCAUGUGGGCUUGCGAGUGGGAGUCCCAACAGAGAUUGGAGCCCUCACCAUCAACAGGCUGUGUGGCUCUGGUUUCCAGUCCAUCGUGAAUGGAUGUCAGGAAAUCUGUGCCAAAGAUGCUGAAGUUGUCUUGUGUGGAGGAACAGAGAACAUGAGCCAAGCCCCCUAUUGCGUCAGAAAUAUGCGCUUUGGAACUAGAUUGGGAGUAGAUAUCAAGCUGGAAGACACCUUGUGGACAGGAUUAAUGGAUCCGCAUGUUAAGCUCACCAUGGCAUUGACUGCAGAGAACCUUGCUGUAAAACACAACAUAAGCAGAGAAGACUGUGACCGAUACGCACUGCAGUCCCAGCAGAGGUGGAAAGCCGCUAACGAUGCUGGCUACUUUAAAGAGGAAAUGGCACCCAUUGAGGUGAAGACAAAGAAAGGAAAGCAGAUGAUGCAAGUGGAUGAGCAUCCUCGACCCCAAACAACCAUGGAACAAUUGCAAAAGCUCCCUCCAGUGUUCAAGAAAGACGGGACUGUCACUGCGGGCAAUGCUUCGGGGGUGUGUGACGGUGCUGGAGCUGUUAUCAUAGCUAGUGAAGAAGCUGUCAAAAAGCAUAACUUCACACCACUGGCCAGAAUUGUGGGCUACCACGUGUCUGGAUGUGAUCCCAGUAUCAUGGGUAUUGGCCCAGUCCCUGCUAUCAAUGGAGCAUUGAAGAAAACUGGACUGAGUCUUAAGGACAUGGAUUUGGUAGAUGUGAAUGAAGCUUUUGCUCCCCAGUACUUGGCUGUUCAGAAGACCUUGGAUCUUGACCCCAGUAAGAGCAAUGUGAAUGGAGGCGCCAUUGCCCUGGGUCACCCAUUGGGAGGCUCUGGAUCCAGAAUCACUGCCCACUUGGUCUACGAAUUAAGGCGCCGAGGUGGAAAAUAUGCAGUGGGGUCGGCUUGUAUCGGAGGUGGUCAAGGCAUUGCCGUGAUCAUUCAGAACACAGCCUGAAGAGAUCACAAGCACAGUGCCCACCCCUACUUGGCCAGGCCACACAGAACAGGUGGCCAGGUGACCUUCAGGGCAGCACCACUGCGACGGUGAUUGCAUUUGACCAAGCCUUGAUGAGGCAAAAUGCAUUAGGUUCUGUCCACUUUAUAACUGCCUAACAUGAUGUGUUAGAUUAAAAACCCAACCACUAAAGGCCUUAAAAGAAAUGGUGUCUUUGUCGAUAGCCAGCACUGUAUGCCUUACAUAAUACAAUUACAAACUGAAUAAAUGCUGCCUUAACU